CAAAGUUCGUGAAAGUUAGAUAAAACAUUUUUGUAAAUUUCUACCUUUCUCACCUGCUAAAACCAUGUCACAGGAUAUUGAGGUAUGCGAGCCGCCCACCGAUUCCAUAUCGGCGCUGGAGUUUGGGCCGUUCAAAAGCGGCUGGAGCAGCAGGCUGGCCGCCGCCAGUUGGGAUAACUCGGUAAGGGUAUGGGAAGUGCAGACAGAGACGGGUGGCGCUGCUCCGCGAUGCCUGCACAUGAUGGACUCAACUGUCCUUGAUGCGGUCUGGAGCUCGGAGGGCAGCCAGCUGUACAUGGGCGAUGUCACCGGCAAAGUGCAAGCUUUGGAUGUGGCCACCAAUACCUUGACCAAGAUCGGCAACCAUCAGGCGGGCGUGCAGUGCUGCAACCUGAUGCUUUCGCAGGUCCUGAUGACCGCCUCCUGGGAUAAGACCGCUAAGUUUUGGGAUCCGCGCUGCGAUUCGUCCAUCGCCGAAGUGAAUCUUCCGGGUAGGGCAUAUGCCUCCGAUGCUCUGAACACAGUGGCCGUGGUGGCCUGUUCCGACAAGAAACUGCUGACCAUUUUCAUCGAGGGAGGCCACAAGGAGGUGCGGCAAUGGGACUGUCCAUCCAUUGGGGCCACCAAUAGCCAGGUGCGAGCCGUGGCCAUAACCAAAGGCUCAACAGCUCAGCAGCCAGUUGGCUGGUUUCUGGCCAAGACCGAUGGCCGGGUGAUUAUGCAGCCAGUGCAGCCCCAUGUCCACGACACGUGGUCCUUCGAGUGUCAUCGCAAGAAGCACACUACCGGUAGUCACUACGAUCUCUAUGCGGUAAAUGACAUUAAAAUGAACCACGAACAGAAGACCCUGGCCACGGUGGGCUCCGAUGGCAGCUAUGAGUUCUGGGACUGUACAAAGCGCUCACGAAUGAUGCAGAGCAGCAGCCAGGAUUCGGAGUCCAUUACCAAGUGCUCGCUCAGCGGCGAUGGCCGAGUGUUUGCCUAUGCCGUGGGCUACGACUGGUCCAAGGGACACGAGUACUAUGAUCCCGCCAAGAAGCCAAAGAUAUAUAUGCGAUCGGUGGUGGAGGAUAUGAAGUCCAAGUCUUGAGUUUAAGGUUUUUAAUAGAAGUUCUAGAACGUUUUAAUUUAGUUUAAAUAUAACAUCUUCUUUAUCAUUUUUGACUGUAAAUGCCUUUUCACACUCUGAAUUGAUUUUUUAAUUUAAAUUCUAAAUAUUUUCCUUAACAGCCUUUUAAGUUAACGCUUCUCC